ACCGUGGGAGUAAAAAUUCAAGUGUCCUCAAAAUCCUUUUGGCAAAGAUAAAAAAAACGAACAAAUAAUAACAGCUGCAACACUACACAGUGUACCUACCUAUACUGUAAAUGUGCCCAAAAAAAAUUAUCUGCAGUCUCAUCCUGAUUUCACAUUAUUACAACCUCUAUCUCUCUUUUCCCCGCUUCAUUAAAGAAUCUUCAUUUUUAGGUUUAUGACUAACAAGAGAGGGCGAGGAGGAAAGAAAAACAGAAAAUAAAGCAUGUGUCCCGAAAUUCCUGUGAGAAACUCACUUUCAGUGUGGUUCCCACGGCCACGAGCCAUACCAUACGGCCCUUUUCCCUUUGCUCUUUUGAUCCCUUUAAAUAAUGUCGAGUCUUUAUGAAUCCUUACUUACCCUAUACGACAUUGUACGAACGAAGAAAAAAACCCAAAAUUUAUAUUAGGGGUUGAUUUUUAAAUUCGGUAGGACAGACGACAGAGUAUAAAAGGACCUCAUCGCAUUUACAAGGACAUCAUUCUCAGUUCUUCUAUCAAGGAGUAAACUUCUCCUCUUGCUUGCUUUGAAGAAAUAUAUAUUUUCAAACAAAAAAUAAAAAUGGAAUACGUUUCACGUACACAACAUUACCAAAAGGUAAAGAAGCCUCUUAUCGAACGACAACGUCGGGCAAGGAUCAACAAGUGUUUGGAUUCUCUCAAACAAAUUAUAGCUGAAUUUCAAAGUGAUGAAGCUAUUCUACGCAUGGAUAAAGCGGAAAUGCUCGAAACUACUAUUGCAUUCCUGAGGCAUAGCAAAGCAGUUGGUCGCCCUCGCCAUCAAUCAACAGAAGUACUAACUGAUAGUUUCCGCCAUGGAUAUAUGAAUGCUGUGAAUGAAGUGUCUCGUGUUUUGGCAUCAACACGUGGAGUAACUGUGGAAUUUGGAAAAUCUGUUAUGACACAUUUAGGUUGUCAAUUUAAUCGUCUUGAAGGAUUACAUCAGCAACAAAAAUAUCAAAAUACUUCAACAGAAGGUCAACAGAGGUCAUUGAACCCACUGAUGAUCGAUACCUCACCCAUAUCAGCACCAUUGAGUCCAGCUUCAUCAGGAUAUCACAGCGAUAUGGAUAGCCCAGUACCUUCACCUUGCAGAGAAGAUAUACAAGUUCCGGAGAUUUGGCGUCCUUGGUAAAAAUAUGGGGUCAACAAACUCUAAUAGAACCUGUACUAUUGAAAAAGAAAGAUAUCCUUUCAAGAGGAUAGCAAAGCUGUGAUAUCGAAGGAUGUGAUA